UAUCUAUAUAUAUAUAUAUAUCUAUAAUAUAGUUUAAAUAAAUAUUUCAUUUGUUUUUAAGAUCGUGCCAAAAUGGCUGGAAUAGAACCAUCUUCAGCCAUGUUUCUAGUUUCCGUUAUCGGUAUAGGAAAUACCGUAGGUCGUGUAGUUUGCGGCCUUGCUAGUAGUAUACCGGGUGUUGAUGCUCUCAUAGUUAAUAAUAUAUUUAUCAGUCUUGGUGGAUUAUUAACAAUGUUAUCAGGAUUAUCCUUAACUGAAGGAUAUCAAUUCUUCUACGCUGCGUGUUUUGGUUUAAGCAUAUCUGUGUUCGCAUCGUUAAGAUCAAUCCUCGUAGUAGAUCUUCUAGGACUGGAGAAGUUGACAAACGCAUUUGGAUUACUCCUACUGUUUCAAGGCGUGGCUGCAGCUGUAGGCGCACCUAUUGCAGGAGCUUUCAAGGACGCCAUGGGUAGUUACGAUGCUUCAUUUUACCUGUCAGGUAGUCUGAUAUUUCUAUCAGCUGCCAUUUGUUAUCCAUUGAAAAGGAUCAAUCAAUGGGAAAAACGCAAGAAUGAAGAAAAGGACAGUGAAAAUUCGUUAAAAUCAUGAUUGACAGUGAUAGUGCGACAUUUUACGUACGUUUUAUGUUUAUGUAUGUGUAUGUAUGUAUGUAUGCAUGUAUGCAUGUAUGUUUAUUAUUCAAACGACGUUAAAU